UCACGCAGGCAGCUCGUCUGUAGCUGCUGCUGGCUGCUGCAGGCGUGCUAUUUGCGGCAGCGGAGACAUCUCUGCGAAAUGCCUUUUGUAUUCCCGGGUGUUUUUUUUUCGUUUUCAUUUGUGUUUUGCGAGGGUCAGAUCACAGUGUUUGUAGCCAUGCCCUGUGGUGGAUUCAGCGGACUGUCCUAGCUGACUGAGCCGCUCCAGCAGCGGUGGGUCCGGUGCACUGCACAGCCGGGGAUGAGGCCUACUUGUUAAAGCUCCCCCACCACCCCUCCAUCGUGAUGGCUGAUGAUCAACAACAACCUGGUCAGAAGCCUGCCUCGGGAUUAGGCUCUCUUCCAGCGUUGGUGCCAGGACUCCAGGGGCCCGAGGCUAACGCGUUACAGUUCAAAAUAAAGAAUUCAAUUUGCAAAUCUGUACAAUCAAAAGUGGACAGCAUAUUGCAAGAUGUGGAGAAGUUUACAGACAUCGAAAAGCUCUACCUCUACCUGAAGUUGCCUUCUGGUCCCAGCAGUGGCAAUGAUAAAAGGACUGAGAAUGAGAGGGGGUCCUCCACUCCUGGAUUAUGUGAUCAGAGUUCCAUGUCAUCAAGCCGCACUCAGCAGAUGUAUGCAUUCAACUGGAUACGGAAUCACCUAGAAGAGCACCCAGAGACUUCCCUCCCAAAGCAAGAGGUGUAUGAUGAGUACAAGAGUUAUUGUGACAAUCUCGGCUACAAUCCUCUGAGUGCGGCCGACUUUGGGAAGAUCAUGAAGAAUGUCUUUCCCAACAUGAAGGCACGUCGACUGGGCAUGAGGGGCAAAUCCAAAUACUGUUAUAGCGGGUUAAGGAAGAAAGCUUUUGUUCACAUGCCAUCCUUACCCAACCUGGAUCUGCAGAAAUCCGGUGAUGGGUGUGAGCUGAUGGAGGCGACAGGCCAGUCCCCGAGCGCUGAAGAUGAAAUGAGAUCUGCAGCGUGCGGACUGGUGUGUGAGUGGGCCCAAAAGGUCCUGAGUCGUCAGUUUGACAACGUGGAGGACCUGGCCCGCUUCCUGCUCAAUAGCCACUACAUUGGUACUAAGUCCAUGGCUGCACUCACUGUUAUGACCGGAACACCCACAGGAAUGAAGACGCCAACUCCGGCGUCUGCGUUUGUGCCCACGGCUGAGGCAAACUCUUUCCAGCCCCAGGUGAAGACCCUGCCCUCUCCCUCUGUUGAUGCAAAGCAGCAACUGCAGCGCAAGAUCCAGAAGAAGCAGCAGGAGCAGAAGCUUCACUCACCCCUGCCCAAUGAGACCCAGAUGAAGAGAACAGAGGCCAGUACCCCAGGCCCCACCAUCCCCUGUGGCAGCCCUGCUCUGCUCUCCCCUCAGCCUGCCAUAGGCAUUGUAGUAGCUGCUGUCCCCAGCCCAGUCACGGUACAGAGAAGCAGGCAGUUGAUGACCUCACCUAGUCCUGUGGGGACAGCAGAGGGGAAAGUGUUGCCUGUGAACUUCCAAGUGGUCACCCAGUCUCUUAAACAGUCCCCCAAGCCUCCCCAGAAUAUCUCAGCCAGUCCUGUGGGUGACCGGCUGGCACGACACGGUACACGUUAUGCCCAAAUUCUGCCCAAGCCCUCUGCCACCAGUGCCAUCACGCUGCGCUCACCCCCCACUCUGCUCAUCACCAACAGUCCCAUUAAAACUGUGAUGCCCACUCCCCAUGUCAGCUCAGUCAACGUGGUGAAGAUGACGGCCAUCGCUCUGGCCCCCAGCAGCAGCAGUACAACCGUGCGUCCUGCCUCAGCCGGCGUGAGUACCACAGCUGCUUCGGACGAUUCCCAGCAGCCACAAGGUGUGAGUACAGCCGCCCCUCAGUCUCCUGCAAUCAGACCCAGUGCCCCAGUCUCCACCUCAACCCUCUCCACUGACACCAAAGUUGUGUCUGAAGCUGGUAGUGACAAUAACUCCACCCCUGGAAUGGAGAAAACAGCUGUCGGGGCCAAAGAGGACAGAGUGGCCAAGUUCAGGGCUGCCAGUGAGCCAAGCUUCCUUGUUAAGUGUUCACCAGGGCUAGACAAAGGUGUAAGAGUAAAAAAUGACCCCGCAUCCCCUCCCACUUCAGCAGCUGUAGCUGGGACUCAGGACAGCAAUAACAGUAACUGCCAUGACAAUACUUUGUACUUGACUGUUGAUAAUCAGAACUCCAAUGGCAACAUGUCAUCCAAUGACUCCUCCGCUGUUACCCCAACAUCGAAGGAUCCUUGCUCAGACGCUAAGAGCCCCAGAAAGCGCACAGGCUCAAGUGGGGAGUCCCAUGCGAUUCCUGUGAAGAGGGUGUUUAUCUCUCAGCAGCCACUGGCUGUAGUUGACAAUCCCAAAGUUGGAGUCAGUGCUGCGGUGAAGAGGAUCCCCAGACCGGGAACUCCUGCCAGACCAGAGAGUGCCCCUUGCAAAGUGACUGUGAAACACACCUCCCUAGGGCCGACACAGAUCCUUGCACUCUCCGACUCGCCCAUCACGCACACUGAGGGCUCCCAGACUGUUGUCAAACCCCAGGCCUUGUUGGUGAAACACGAAGAUCAUUCGCUCAGCACUGAUACCAGCACUGGAGCAGCUGGAAACGACACGUCUGAUCAGGCGCUGCUACAGCAGAUCACCGGCGACCCUCGUGCCAUACCGGCCAACUCAGGAGCACACGAAGCCUCUGUGAUGAGUGACUUAAAGAGCACAAUAUGGGAGGAGGGACAGCUUGAUGAGCUUCGGAAGCAGGCAUUUGCUCAGCAGAUAUCAACAGAACACAAACAAGCCCCUACUGACCAACUUUCCAUCAUAGCUCAACCCACUGAGGCUUCAGGUCAGCUCACCCUCACGCAGGAGAUGGUUGACUUUGCUGGUUCUCAGCCCAACAUGGACUAUUUUCCAUUCAAUGAUGAUGACAUGACCCAGGACAGCAUUGUGGAGGAGCUUGUCCAAAUGGAGGAGCAGAUGAAGCUGAAGGGUCUGUUUAGUAGCUGUGUUGACGUGUCUUUACAAGGCCAGUCAGCCAGCAGUCAAGGCUCUAUCUUAAAUGCUCACCAGGCUGGCACUACCUUCUACCACUCUGCCCACAGCAGUACCACUCCGGUCCAAACUCCCACUCCAACUCCAACUCCAACCCCGACACCCACCCCCACCUCUGAAAUGACGCUUGGGCACAGUAUGACAAGAGAGAGCCCCUGCUCCCGCAUGGCUCCCAUCACUCCUGUGGAUGGAGCCAUGGGUCGCCACACCCCCAUCAGCACACCACUGUCAAACUGCAGCAGCAGCGUUCCCCCGAGCCCGGUGGAGUGCAGAAAUCCUUUUGCGUUCACUCCCAUAAACUCAAGCAUCACGGGUUAUCAUGACGCUAGCAUUGUGUCCAGCAGCCCUGUCAAACCCAUGCAGAGGCCAAUGGCAACACACCCUGACAAGGCCAAACUGGAGUGGAUCAACAACCGUUACAACAGCAACUCUGCAAGUCCUUUGUCCAACCAUAGCAUUGGCAUUCUACCCAGCUACCAAGACCUGGUAGAUGACCAGUUUCGUAAGCCACAUGCCUUUGCAAUUCCCGGCCAGUCAUUUCAGGCUCAGCCAAGACAGGAUGCUGCUCAAUUUGGCCGCCUGACCCCCAUCUCCCCAGUGCAGCAACAACAGCCACAGCAACAGCCCCAGCCACAGCAACAGCAGCAGCAGCAACAGCCGCAGCAGCUGCUAACAGGUGUAACUACUCCAACUAAACAGGAGAGUUUUGCUGUGCCUGCACCAUUAGAUAACAAGGCAUCAACCUCAUCUGCAUCCAGUACUUUCCGUUGCCGCAGUGUUAGCCCUGCAGUGCGCCAGAGAAACUUCAGCGGCAACACCGGCCCUCCAACCACCACCACAAAUACCACCACCACCACCAGAGCCGUGGUUUCACCCUUUAACUCACCCAUCACAUCCGAGGUGCUCAGCAUCCUGUCCAACAGCCAGCCGGUCAACUCUGUCCACAGUAUGGUCCAACGUAGCCAGUCUGUGCCUCUGAAUAUCAUGAUGCAGAGUGAGAUGCUCCCAGUGCAGGGUCAGAGCAACACGGCCAAAAUCACCAAUGUUCUUCUCAGCAAGAUGGAAGCUGAUGGGGACGAUUCUGUUCGAGGCCUGGGCAUGAACAACCUCCCGUCUAACUACACGGCCCGUAUGAACCUCACACAGAUCCUGGAGACCACUCCUGGCUUUGCUGGUGGAAAUGCUCACCAGACUCAGUUGCCUGUCAGUUCUAGUCCUGCUGCCUUUGAGCUCCAGCAGCAUGGCUACCUCACCACUGGCAGUGGAGAACAGGUGAGUUUCUCCACAGGGGACAGCCAAGCACAAGUGGGUCCUAGUGAUCAAGACCAGCAGCAGCAGCUCCAGGAGAACCCUGUGCAGACACAACCACAGCUCCUCCUCCAGAGCACACAGCAGCAGGAGGUGGAGGAUGAGCAACAGCAGCUGGAUUUCAACAACACUGUCAAGGACUUGUUGGGGGAUGAUGGCCUCAACCCCAGCUCCCAGUUGGUGGGUCAGGUAGCUUCGGAGCUCAAUGCCGUGGCGUCCGACUUCUCAAAUGACAUCAGACUGACCUCAGAUCUGUCCAGUAGCAUCACUGAUCUUAACACGUUGGACACCAACCUGCUAUUUGACCCCAAUCAACAGCAGGAACAAUAUGAAGACUCAACACUGGAAGAACUGAAGAACGACCCGCUUUUUCAGCAGAUAUGCAGUGAUACUGUGAACUCUGGUUUUGACUGGCUAGAAAGCAAAGACCAGCCUACUACAGUAGAGAUGCUGGGCUGAUGUUAUCUUUUAUCCUGAUAUGAUUUCCGUUCUCUGUUGUUCGUUUGGUGCGUAUGUAGUAUAUCUGUUUUUAAAGUAUAGGUUGUUGGGAUUUGUCUGGACUUUGCCAUUUGUUCUGUUAAAAGUGCCAGGCUUACCAGAAAAUCUCUCCUACUGACGUUUAGUUACUUCUCUCCUUUUUCAUUUGUCACCCAGAGGUUCAGUGCUUAACCACUUUUCUCCCUCAUCUGAAAUUAGACAUGUACACAUUUCAAGGAAAAACAAAUGUGAUUACUCGGUUGCAGCAUGCACUUGCAAAUAACAGGUUUGUAUGGUAUGAGCAUUAAGAGAAACAUAACCUUCCAUGUUAUAACCCACCUAUAAUGCAAUAUUUGUAUUUAACAAACACAUAAUGUAAGGAAAUUUGGCACAAAAGACCAAAAACGAAUGCUGUUGUAUGCUAUUUUCAGUUUGUGCAGUUUUAAGUUCAACCAAAUGAAGACAAUAUUGGAAUUGUAGUAUAUGCACAUAAGAGUUGUAGUAAAUUUGCCUGCCAUAUCUGAAUAUUUAAAAGGGCGGCAUCUUAUGCUGCCAGGUGCUGAAUUUUGACAUAAUCUUUAUACUUUAUCAUAUACCAAAUCAGUGGAAAACUGAUUCACAUCUGAGCAUUGUCCAAGAGAGAAAUUUUUUUAAGCCUAUACUUCUUGUACUGUUUAAUAUCUUAUAAAGGGAGUAGAUGAAUCAGUGUGGAGAAGAUGGGAAUUCAGGCCACUGUGGACUAUACAUUGAAAGGAAUCAACAACUGGCUGCCUUAUUCCCAAAGUCCAAGGCCUUAUGCCAUCUGUAGAGAGACUGUAUAUAGUAUAAUGUCAAGAAUCUUCGGAACCAUCCAGAGCUUCAUCAUAUCAAGGCAGCUGUUACUCUGAUAUUUUCAGCACUCUUUCUUAUUGUUUUUGUUCUGCAGUGUUACGAUAUAGAUGUGUAUUGUACAGGUUAACAACUACACUGUGUGUGCCCUUAAAAGUAAUGGAUUCAGAAGAAUUUGAUGUGUUGUCAUUUCAUGAAAAUCAAAAUCAAGGCAGGCACACUUUCAGUCAUGAGAUUUUGGUUGGGGUUUUUUUUUGUUUGUUUGUUUGUUUUGUUUUUUUAUUUUUUUUUUUUUUUGGCAUGUUAUACUCCCAGCUUGGAUAAGGAUAUCAAUGGUAUGGAGAAGGCUUCGUUACACAGAAGGCUAGAGGCUGACUUGUAUGUUCUGAUGUCAUCUGGAGAUCGAGGAAAUUAAAUUAUGUUUGUGGAGAAUCCAGCCUUAUUUCCAUACCAAAGAUGAUCUGUUUGAAUAAGAUAAGAGAUUAUUACACAUAGAGACACUCCUAGUAAACAUUAACAACAACGGGAAACGGGCAGCCUCAGAGAUAUAAAAGAGUUAUAUUGCAUUUGAGGAAAAGGAUUAAGUUGCAUAAUUCUUAUGUACAGUAUGUAAAUUUGUGAAAUGGUCACUGUCCUAUGUUUAAUAGGUAACCUUGGACCUGAAAGCAUGUUGAAACCAUCACUGCUAGCCAGGUAGGCUAUGUGAUACAGUAGGAUGCUUGCUUGAGUUUUUGGCUAUUGUCAAUGUUGUAUAAGUCAUGUUUAAGCUCCAUCUGUAAAUAGGAUAGAUACAUAGAGAUUUGAUGUAUCAAGACACUAUAUUAUGGCCAUUAUUCUAGCUAAGUAUGUGCCAUCUUAAAAGGAAAAAAAAGCUUAACAGAUCUAUAGUCGGCAAGAUACUGUAUGUUGUGUGUUACAUUUCUGGCUCAGUGUGUCGUAAAAGUAAUGCUGUCUGGUCUCGCUUGCUGAUUUUAUUUUACCUUUUUUCUAUUCAAAGAUAAUAGGUCUCUGCGGUUGCAGAAGUGAUGUGUGCUUUGAGCAGGAUCAAUAGCAUGGUAUAUUGAGAAAAAAAAAGUUGUGAUACUGUUAGCUGGUUGCAAACAUCUCUGUGACAGACAUUGCGCUCAAAGCCUUUCAGCAGACACUGGAAAAAAAAAAAAAGAUUACUCAUGUUUCAACAAACUUUGGAGGUUCACAUUAUUGCACUAAAUUUUUAUGACACAUGGCUUUGCCACGUCUUUAUGGACAAAUGUAAUGAUGGAUGCCCACAAAAAAAAGAAAAAAAAAUAUUUUUUAUGACAAGAUGAGUAGGGAAAUUACCUGUCAGAGAAUGACUAAUUGUCUUGUAGCAAAAUGUGCAUUAAUCUCAGUGAGAUACACAUUUCUUACUCAUUCUCAUACAUGAGAAUAUAAAGCAUUGAGGGAAAAAAGUUAAAUAACCUUUUAAAAACCUACAUGCUCAUUAUGUUGAUAAAUGAUUGUACGCACGCAUGUGUGAUGACUUCUGUUGUACUUUGUAUUCUUGGUAACCACUGUCUUCUGUGAUUUGGGCAGGUUCUGUUAACCAGACUGGCGGUGCUAGUUUCUUGAGUUACAUUACUUUUGUUGUGUGCUGUUUACUAAGUUAAUGUUGUUCUACAUGUUAUGUUGAUGACUGUUUUCUGUCGAUCUUACAUAUUCUUGUUUUUUUGCAAAAUGCAUUUGUGAAGAAAUUUAACAUUUUCUCUUAUUUCUUUUCUUCAAAAAUAAGGCACUGAUAUUUGAAUUUGAAUGAAGGAAUGCACCUCUUUAUGAGUACAGGAGCUCCAUCAAGCAGUGACUCUCGAUUCUUUACCUUUGACUGACCCAGAACCAACUCUGUUUGACUAUCUUGUCCAUUUCUACCAGUAGAGAAAAAAAACCCUCCUCUGUGGUGUUGUCUGGUGUACUGCUUAAUGUACAGUAGCUUGUUAAUAUUGCAAACGCGUUGUUUCUUUUUUCAAUGGAAAGUACUCACUGGUGAGAUUUUUAAAGUGGUUUUAAAAGCCAAUAAACUUUUUUUAAAGAAUGUU